UGUGUGCACUUCGGAUGGGUUAAAUGCAGAGCACAAAUUCUGAAUAUGGGUCACCAUACUUGGCUGAAUAUCAUGUCAUUUUCACUUUCAUUAUUACUUUCAUUGUUGCAGUCUCUUUCCUGUCAGUUUUUGUGAUCUAAUCGUGUCCGGUCUUGUAUUGUCAAGUCGAGUCCUGUCAAUGACUUUCCUGGAUUUCUGCCCAGUCUCCCAGUUACCAGCUGCCAGCAGUUUGCUCUCCUCCAGACGCAGUUCUCCAGUCCUAACAGCUAGAGAGGCAGUCACUCCUUGCCCUGCAGUCCAGGAUGAUGUCCCGAACUCUCAAGUCAAGUCAACCCUUAAGUUCCAGUUUUCCUGUAUUUUUAUCAAGUUCUGCGACUACCGAGUACAGACCGUGAACAGCAGACUACUUAAGUUUGUUUUUGUGGACAAUAAAUCAUUUUGUUUGACUUGCCUUUACUUCCUUUUAUAAUGACAGAAUAAUCUGGCCAAGGGAUGGACCCAGUGAAGGAGAUUCAAAUUCAUGCAGCAGCAGAGCUGCAGGGCGAAAUGCUGGGCCGACACGAGGAGGAACUCUCCGCCGCCAGGCAAGCUGUGGAGAGCUUGUCAGCCAAGGUGACAGAUUUAACAAAUCUGCUGCAGAACCUGCACUUUGAGCAGCCACCAGCUGCUUCAGUCAUGUAAUUCCCAUGAACUGCACCUUACCAAUCCUCCUUGCUAUUCUGGAUAGCCCACAGAGUUCUUUUAAGAGCUCUUCGAGCCUUUUUGACGCAGUGUGAGUUGUUUUUUUUUUUUUCUCCAACCUAUCAUGUAUUCUGAAGAUUGCUCCAGGGUUAUUUUCGUGUUCUCUUUCCCGACUGGGCAGGCUCAGGACUAGGGAGAGGCAGUGUGGGAGUUAGAGGCAGACUGCUGCAAACAUUUUUCUUUGUUCAAGGUGGAGAUGAUAAAGGUGUUCGGCCACUCCAUUUAUGGUCUUGAGGCAUUUUGACAACUUGCAACACUUCGCCAGGGCAGGUGGUCUGCUGCCGAUUACGCAAUCGAGUUCAUCACCCUAGCAGCCUCUUGCGAGUGGAACGAACUGGACCUCACUGCUCGCUUCUUGGAGGGUCUCUCUGGGGAGACGGGGGAAGAAAUUAUCACACAUGAUCUGCUUUACCGCUUGGACCAACUGGUUGAACUAGCCAUCCGGAUCGACAAACGCUUUUAGAUGCGCGGCCAUGCUCGCACCCCCAUUCCUGAUCAAUGAGCGGCUUCAUCUGCCAUCCCAACUUCAGUAGUGACCUCAUUGGAACCUGAGCCCAUGCAGCUAGGGGGUCAUGGUAUCUGACCCUAACGGGAGUAUGCCUGUAUUGUGGUGCCCACGGGCAUUUUGCUGCAAGGUGUCCAGUAAAAGAGAGGGCUUACCAGUAGAUCGGGAAGUACUGGCGAGUGCAACUACCUUUUCCCCAUCCACCAAGACUCAUUCUUCCCUCGAGGCCUGCCUAUGCUGUCGGGGCUCCACUCUUAACUUUGCUGCCCUGGUAGAUUCGGGGGCUGAGGGGAUGCCCUGGAUGGUCGUAUCCUCUCGAAGAUCCUCCACUAUUUCCGGCAAUCACCAAGAGACAAUAAUUAUUUAUUUAUUUUUCUCCCCUAAAAUAAUUUUAGGGCACCCCUGGUUAACUUAGCAUAAGCCCCAAAUUAACUGUGUAGAAGGGACCAUAAUGUCUUGGAUCAUAUCUUAUCAUGUUAGGUGCCUUGUCUUGGCUGUGUCUGCUGUGUCCUAUUUCUGUGUUUCAGGAGGAAACCAGUGAUUUAUCUGGCUUUCCCAAGGAGUACCACGAUGUGCGAGCGGUAUUCAUUCGCUCCUGGGCUGCUUCUCUGCCUCCCCAUUGACCUUAUGACUGCAGCAUCAAUCUUUCCCUGGGCCUCCUGCACUGGCAGCCAGCCCAGCAUUUUCUGAUAUCUCCCUCAUCCGGAUCUCGCCACAUCGGAACCCUUCCGUUGGGGCGGAGUCAACCUUCAACCCCCCUCAUCCAUACGUUAACCCGUACAUGGACUAUAUCCGUUCGCUGCACAGCAGUCCCUCUCUGUCAAUGAUCUCUGCGGCCAGGGGCCUCAGUCCUGCAGAUGCACCCCAUGCCAGUUUGACUACGGCAGAGUACUACCACCAGAUGGCCCUAUUUGCAGGUCACCGCAGCCCAUACGCUGACAUCAUUCCUUCAGUGUCAUCCUCAUCAGGGCCUACAAGCAGUGCUCUGCAUAUGGAGUACCUACAGGCUAUGGAAACCUCACGAUUUCCAAGUCCUAGGCUCACAAAUCGCCCCAGUAGAAAACGACCCCUUCCCAUCUCUCCUUCCCUGUCUGACCCCAGUUUUGACCUGCAGGCCAUGAUUCGCACCUCGCCCAAUUCUCUAGUCAAUUUACUUAAUAAUUCCCGCUCCAGCUCAUCCACCAGUGGAUCCUAUGGACACCUCUCAGCUGGUUCUAUCAGCCCUGCACUGAGUUUUGCAUAUCCUCCAACACCUGUGGCACUGCAAAUGCAUCAGCAGCUGAUCAGUCGGCAACAGGGCAUCGUAGGUUCUGCGUUUGGACACAGUCCGCCCCUUGUGCACCCCUCUCCUGCCUUUGCAACCCAGAGACCAGUUCCUGGCAUUCCUCCAUCCAGCCUGCCACCUACAGAACGUUCCACAGCCUCACAUGACUCACAGAGUAAACCCACCAGUGAGUCGGCUGUAAGUAGCACAGGGGACCCCAUGCAGCACAAACGCUCCAAACUCAAACCAGAUGAGGAGCCGCCCAGCCCCGGAGUCAUUAGAAUGCAGGAGCAAAUGGAUGGAAUGACGCUGGUGAAAGAGGAGGGUGAUAAAGAGGAGGGCAAGCAGGAGCCAGAGGUGGUGUAUGAAACCAACUGCCACUGGGAAGGUUGCUGCAGGGAGUUUGACACCCAGGAGCAUCUUGUGCAUCACAUAAAUAAUGAUCACAUCCAUGGAGAAAAGAAGGAGUUUGUCUGUCGUUGGGAGGAAUGUUCAAGAGAGCAGAAACCUUUUAAGGCCCAGUACAUGCUGGUAGUGCACAUGCGCAGACAUACAGGAGAAAAGCCUCAUAAAUGCACGUUUGAAGGCUGUUCAAAGGCCUAUUCCAGACUGGAGAACCUGAAGACACAUUUGCGUUCACACACAGGAGAGAAACCUUAUGUGUGUGAACAUGAAGGCUGCAACAAAGCCUUUUCCAAUGCAUCAGACCGAGCCAAACACCAGAAUCGCACACACUCCAAUGAGAAACCAUAUGUGUGUAAAAUCCCUGGUUGCACUAAACGAUACACUGAUCCCAGCUCUUUACGGAAACAUGUUAAGACUGUACAUGGUCCUGAAGCACAUGUAACCAAGAAACAGCGUGGGGACACAUACCCCCGUCCCCCACCUCAGCCCCGAGAACCUGAAGGUAAUGAACAAGGUCAGUCACCUGGACAACUGCCUCUCAGAGCGAUCACUGACCAAAAGGAGUAUAACCAUCCUACCUUGAAACAGGACGAAUGUCUACAAGUCAAGUCAAUCAAAACAGAGAAGCCCAUGACGUCUCAGCCAAGCACUGGCGGUCAGUCUUCAUGCAGCAGUGACCAGUCCAUCGGCGGCCCCCAUAUCGGCCGUGGAGUCCAGCUUACUGUGAACAGCAUUGGGCUUGCAGGGGAGGAGGCAGUGACUGAGGAAAAUGAAGAGAAGGAGGAGGAAGGAGAGGGAGAGGAGGAGGAACUUACCCCCAUUAUGGACUCUACAGUAUCUACUGGAACAACCACGGUGGCAACACUAGCUUUGCAGACUCGUCGAAGUGUAGGACGGCCCCUACGCUGGAUGGAGCAUGUUAAGAUGGAGAGGUUAAGGCAGGUGAAUGGAGCUGUGCCUAAGCUAGGACAUAUGUCCCCAACACUGCCCACUAAAGGCCAGACCCUGCCUGCCCUCACAGGAAAGGGUUCAUGCCUUGGUAGGAGUAGUUCUGUGGGGGUUCCCCAGCCUCCUCCACGUAUUGAGCCAUCCAACACAGAGCUGACAGUGUUCAAUUUGCUACCUGAGCGGCGGGACAGCAGUGGCAGCAACACCAGCUCGGCCUACCUGAGCAGUAGUCGUCGAUCCUCUGGCAUCUCCCCCUGCUUCUCCAGCCGCCGUUCUAGCCAGGCCUCGCAGUCUGAGCACAACCAUCAUCGUCAUAUUCACAAUCUCAGUGCCACUGACUCUUAUGACCCUAUCUCUACUGAUGCCUCACGACGCUCCAGUGAAGAUAGCCAGAGUGGAGGUGUAGGAAGUUCAGGUGGAAUGGUGUACAGUGGAAGUGAAGGUAUUGGAGGAAGUGGUAUGGGGACAAGAGGUGUUCUCAACCUCACUCCAGCUCAACACUUUUACCUGAAGGCCAAGUAUGCCGCUGCUACAGGUGGGCCUCCUCCCACACCCUUGCCAAACAUGGAGCACAUGAGCCUAAAGGCUCGUCUGGCUUUGAUGGAAGAUAAACAGAACUUGAGCCAACUUACACUACCACCACUGGUCAGGCCACGUCGCUGUAGUGAUGGUAUGCACAACUUACAUGGCAGUGAAGCAGUGUAUCGACGUAGGGGAUUGUAUCCUGUAGAAGGUACAGGGAAUAGUGAUAGAAGAGCCAGUGACCCUGUGCACGCAAGGGAUACUAGUGCUUUUGGUUUGCCACAGUUACAGCGUUUCAGCAGUUUAAACAACAUGAAUUCAUUACCCCAUAUUGCUGGUAAUCAUUAUUUAGAUGGAGAAAAUAACAAUCUGCGCUUCCAGAACUACAUCUUUCAGAGAAGUCUACUCUCGCCUUGCCCUCCCAGCAUAAUGGAGCAAUCGGCACUUGAGGACUUGGCAAUGAACCAAGAUGGUCUUCUGUUACAUGUUGAUGAAGACAUUCUGCCAGAUGACUUGGUGCAGUAUCUUCAUUCCCAAGGUCAAGAAUCUGAUCACAACCAAGACAACCAAAGCAGUGAUUCCAGUCCUCAUAGAUCCAGUUUUGAUCAGGUUACUGUAGAUGUCCAGAACUUCCUCAACCCACAACAGCAACAGGAGGAGACAGAAGGUGAAAACACUAGUAAAGAUAUAAUGCCUAUCCAGUGGAAUGAAGUGACCUCUGGUAGUGCUGAUGUUUCUCCUCCCAGGCAGCAGUCUCAGUGCAGAAAAUGGUCAGACCAGAGUGGCAUAGUGAGCAAUGCCUUUGGUCAUAUUGGAAACAUGGUUGUGCAGCCACAACUGCAUACAGAGUUCAUGGAUCAACACUCAACUCUUUGUAGAGAUGGUGUUGAACACAUGGCAGGUAUGAACUACAGAUGCAUACAUCCAGAGCAGCGUCAACAAAUUGCAAAGCCAUCCCAACAAAUGCCAAGGAACAAUUUAGGCAUUAAGAAUGAGUCUUCUUUAAACUCCAAACUUGAAUCAAGGCCCAACAACUUUGGUCGACCAGACUUCUCUCAUAUCUCUCUGGGCCCCUUCCUUCCUAGCUGUACCCAGCAGACAACUAUAUCCCAAAAUAGCUUCAAGCAAAACCUUUUGUUGCAAAGACCAACUAACUGCAGCUUGUCUCCAGCAACACUACUGCCGAACCAGGCCCAACAUCCUAUGACUCACCCAUCUGUCAAUAGUGACCAUACAGGCUUAUAUCACACACAACUCUACUUCAUUCAACAAGUUAACAAUGGUCAUAAUGCACAUUCAUGCCAUCAGCAAAGCUUGAGGAAUGGAAAUGGAACCAACUGCUCUCAUCCAAAUCAGGUUUCAGGACUUAAGCUUGAGGUAGAUUACCUUCAAACCAACACUUCCUCUUGUAUCCAGCAACAAAAGCCUGUGUUUAUUGCUGAGUCCUUUGACACAUCAGAGUCCAAAACUUCGUCUUCUCGUGAUACAGGACAGUCAUGUUUAAUGGAGUCCUUGACAGCUGAGACAGAAACACCUUCUGAGAACCUUCUGUCCCCUGGCGUUGAUAAAGUGACCAGUACAGUAGAAGAAAGCCUAGGUGUCUUAGAUAAUGUUGGUUUAGAUAUUUGUUCCAUCCUUGAGGAUGGUUAUGAGCAGGGUAGUGUGGUUUCUGACAUAAUCAGUCCUGUUUUUUUCCAGGGUCUGUAUAGAACGUCCUCUCAGCAGACUACUCCAUUUCAUCCAGGCACUAACAACAUGGCUAUUGGUGACAUGAGCUCCCUCCUCACCACCCUCGCAGAAGAGAGCAAAUUUCUGGCUAUUAUGCAGUAAUCUGUGCAGCCCCCCUCCAAAAAAUUGUUACACUAUUAUAGAUAAGACAAAUUUGACAGACUUUUGUAUGUAAUGUAAAGAUGUGGGAUGAGAAAGAAAGUUAUUGCUUUACAUUUAUUAAAAUAGUUUAUUAGGUGAUGUUGACAAAGAGUUAGUACACAAUCUUAAAUCUGUCUUAUCUUCCUAGAGUCAGUGACCAAUAAAUCCAUUCCAUUUCUGGAAUGGAGGCUAUUUUAAAAGCCCUUCUUUCAUAUAGUUAUGUGAUGAUGACAGAUAGAGACACUGAUCUUCUUUUCAUCACAUUGAAUCAGUAUUCUCUGUGUUGUUGUUGAUAUAUUUUUGUUUUGUUGUACAUUGUAGCUACAAGUGCAUGAUCAUUAUCGUAUGAAGUGUACACCGUGUUAACUAAACUGAGUAGGUUAACUAAUUGUAUUAUGUAUCUUUGUUGUUGAGUGAAUUGCAUACUACAAAAAUGGUGUAUAAAUAUGCACAACUGUCAUCAGGUCAAGACAGAGUGGAAUAUCACGCUUAACAGACCCAAGUGUCAUAUUUUGAUUAUUCCGUCUUUUAAGUGUCUUAUAUCAGAGAUGUUACAGUGAUUAUAAUAUAAGUCUUACCUAAUUUUGUUGACCAAUUUUUCCCAACCUGUCAGUUGUUUAGGGACCAGUUGUGUAAGGUUAUGUGAAAAGUGUAGCGCAAAAUGCUAGAGCUGUUCACUUAAUAUCUUGAGUAUGUUGACUGUAUCCUUGUAAAUAAAUGUUAAUAUUUUUCUUCAUUUUUUUUUAUAUUGCAAAAAUUUAAAUUUUGCAUUGUUUUGACCAUAUUGUUAAUGACUGGUGUUACUGUUAAGCAAUGCAUUACAUGACAAAAAAAAGGCAUUGUGGUCAUUUUAGUCAAUCUCAGUAUGUUGCUUAUUGCACAAGGUUUUUUUUAUAUUUUUGGCAAAAAUGUGUUUAAACCAAUGGUAUCAAUUAAUGUUUAAAUUGAUAUAAAUAUACCAGUUAUUGUAUUUGUUAUCUUAAUUACAACAGUCAGUUUUGUGCUGUUUUUGUCACAGCAGUGCAGUGAAUCUGUACUGAGAUCUCAUUUAUGCCAUGGCUUUUUAGAUUAACCUGUCUUUGCUUAUCCAUUAAAAAAAUUCUACCUUCCUUGUGCCUGAAUAAGGAAAUUUAUAAAAACCUAGACACAACAAGCACCACUACAGGAGCUAAGAGACUUUUAGUAGUUUUAAAAAUAUCCUGCAGUUUCUGUCUACAUAUGUAUAGUUUUUAAAAGGUGUACUCUCGUAAUUAGGUUCUGUUUGUUUUUGUAUAGUUAUCUAAACAUUUUUUGUAGUUGUGUAUCAGCAUCUUUGUUUUGUUUUGAACACAGAAGUGGUAUGACCUAUUCCUCUUAAAAAGGACUAGAGGCUUUUAGCCUAAGGUAUGUGCCUUAUUAAUGCUUGUUCAUUGAGACACUGCCAUUUUCUUCUUCUUCUUUUUCUUGUGUUUCUUUUUUUAAGGAAUUAAAGAGAAAAAAAAUGUG